CCAACAACAACACCAGAACCAACAACAACACUGGAGCCAACAACAACACCGGAACCAACAACAACACCAAAACCAACAACACCGGAACCAACAACAACACCAGAACCAACAACAACACCAACACCAACAACACCGGAACCAACAACAAUGGCAGCAUCAACAACAACAGCGGCACCAGCGACAACUCAAAAACCAGCAACGACACCAAAACAGGUAAUAAAGCCACAAACAACAACACCGAAACUGACAACAAAGUCACAACCAACAACACCGAAACUGACAACAAAGCCAAAACUGACAACAAAGUCACAACCAACAACACCGAAACUGACAACAAAGUCACAACCAACAACACCGAAACUGACAACAAAGCCGAAACUGACAACAAAGUCACAACCAACAACACCAAAACCGGCAACAAAGGCGCAAACAACAACGCCGAAACCGGCAACAACGCAACCAACAGCAGGACCAGCAACAACACCAGAGCCUGUAAAUCGUAAGAUGUCACUGGCAAUAGACGAGACUUUUGAUGCAAGCCUGAAUAACCAAAACAGUGACAAAUUCAAGAAAUACAAAUCAGACAUUGAGAAUGCAAUCAGUAAGAGCUACAAGGAUGUAAAAGGUUUCAUUUCUGCUACUGUCACUGGUUUUAGGCCUGGAAGUGUGAUCGUAGACUUCUUUAUUACAACAUCUGAGGAGAUAAAGACUUCUGGGGAGAUAAGCCAAGCAAUUCAGACCAACAUGAAAGUGCUCAAUUUCAAUAUUGAUCCACUUUCAGUAGCUCAAACUGAUAACAAAAACAUGCGGACAAGAGACGCUGUGUUUCCUGAACAAGACAUGACACUCUUCUGUGAUGCCACCAACCUUCUUGGAAAUAUAGCCUGGAGAUUUCAAGGAGAAAACAUACAGCCUAGCAGUCAUUAUGUGUUCUCAUCAGAUCUUGUCUCCCUCACAGUCAAGAGUGUUAACAUCGGUGAUAAUGGUCGUUAUGAAUGUUUGUAUGAUGCAACCACAGGGCCUCAUAUUAUCUGGGACAGAAUUGACUACAUUAAGCCAUAUCCUAGUAUGCAAGUGCCUACUAACAAGACAUACAGAUGUGAAAAUCGUGUUGUUGAACUCGAAUGCUGUGUGCAUUCUGAUUACUCAGUACAAUGGGUGCAGGACAUAAAAAGCAACAAAGUUGAUUUGCUGAGAUGUAUUACAAAACUAGUCGAUAUCACAACUGAAAGUUCAUGUGAUAAAACUAUCAUAUAUGCCUGCAAACUGGACAACACAGCUCUACUUGGAUUUUCAUAUAGCUCAAGGGCUGUGCAACUGGUUGUUUCCAAAGCUAUACCGCAAACCCCAAACAGCCCUGUCACAUGCUAUAGUGAGAUAUAUGGUUUUGGAAACGUUGAUGACACUGCUGUAGGAGAUUGUGACAAAGAAAAAGUUGGCUUCAGGAAAGGAGUGUGUGCUUCUAAUGGCUCUUGGGUAACAGUAAAGGACACCUGUGUUCUUCGAAUAAUUGAUCAACUGGAACAGGAAUCACAGGGUUUAGAUGCUGAAACGUUAACAGAUUUUGUGCAUAAAGUAGACAAUGCCACCAAAAACAAUGAAGAAGCAAUAGUUAAAUCUGAAGCGACAGUUACAGCAAUGGUGGAAAUACUCAACAAUAUUGCAGAUGUCACUCAAACGUUUAAGCUGGAUGAAGUUGUGAUAUCGAGUUUCCUCAGUAUAGUGGAUAUCAUUACAUCAGACACAGUGAAACCUGUAUGGCAACAGCUAAAUUCAAAUGGCGAAAGCCAAGGCCACAGCUCUCAACUCCUGAAUGCCAUUGAAAGCAUUAUAAAAGCGGCAUCAGACACCGAUUUCAACAUAACUAGUCCAACCAACUCAUUCCUGUUAAAAAAAGUAACAACAUCCGAAGACUUCAAUGAAGUAUUAAGGCUCAACUCAACAGCUGAAAUAAUCAUCCCAGAUAUUACAUCUAGUCACAAAAACAUUACAAUCACAACAGUGGCCUUCUCCUCCCUGGGCAACGUUAUGCCUGCAAGAAAUCGUAGCGAUAACCUAAAUACAACUGAAAAUGUCAUCAACGGACUCAUUGUCAUAGUGAAUACAAGCAUAUCUAUCAACAACAUACAGCUGAAGUUUGACAAACUCAGAAAUUCAGUAACUCUAAAUAAUGAUUCAGUAAACCUAGGGAACCUCCAAUGUGUUUUCUGGGAUUUUAAACUUUUUAAUGGCUCUGGGGCAUGGGACUCGACAGGAUGUGAGGUCAUACGGGUAAACGGCAGUGACACGUGCCACUGUAAUCACACCACUUCGUUUUCAGUACUGAUGUCCCCUUAUGCUCCUGAAGAACUUGCUUUGUCCAUCAUUACAUACGUUGGUGUUGCUAUUUCAAUAGCCAGCUUGCUUGUGUGCCUGAUCAUUGAAAUUAUCAUCUGGAAGGACGUAUCUAGAAACUCUACAUCACACGUUCGGCACGUAUCCUUAGUCAAUAUUGCUAUUUCUCUCCUGAUCGCUGACAUUUGCUUCAUGAUCAGCGCUGCUGUUGUAAAGCCCGGAACGGAUUUUACUGGUUCAUGUAGUGCUGCAGUGUUUUUCACCCACUUCUUCUACCUGUCGCUGUUCUUCUGGAUGCUGGUCUCCGCCGUUCUGCUCCUCUACCGCUCCACUAUGGUCUUUUCUCACUUGUCCAAAGCGGUCAUGAUGGCAUCAGCCUUCAUUGUGGGCUACGGCGCACCUCUCCUCAUCGCGGUUAUUACCGUCGCCUCCACCGCUGGAAAUAAACACUACGUCACACGGAAUGAAGCAUGCUGGCUGAAUUGGAAUGACUCCAAGGCCCUUCUGGCUUUUGUGGUACCAGCUCUGGUCAUUGUGGCUGUCAAUAUUACUAUUGUGGUAAUUGUUUUAGUGAAAAUGCUCAAGAGGGGAGUAGGAGAGAGCAACAGAGAUGAAAAGAACACCUUGGUGAUGAUUCUCAGAUGUGUGGCUAUUUUGACGCCCAUCUUCGGCAUCACUUGGGGUCUCGGCUUGGGCAUCAUGGUAGAGCCUAAAGCUUUGGCCAUCCAUUACUUGUUUGCAAUCUUCAACUCUUGUCAGGGUUUCUUCAUAUUGGUCCUUGGAACACUGAUGGAAAAGAAGGUUCGGGAGGCACUUAAAAGAAGAUUGAGAAUCACUAGACGCACUGGAUCCCAUGCCAUACAUACUUCGAGCUCUGGAACCCAUACUUAUGGUAGAAGCAGUUCUUCCAACAGAACGACUCUUACAGAUGUUUUUAACACCCUUAUGAGAAGAGGGAGGCAUCCUCGGGCAAAUUCCUCAUACAACUCUGGAGCAUCAGAAGGUUUUCUAAAUGCUUAGCGGGACAGACAGGCGCCUUAAUUUCCUGUCAGAAUGUCUUUGAAAUACUGGCUUCAGUGCCACAGGCACAACUUCAUACUGAAAAUGUUAGAUUUCUGUCUAGUAGAGUGUCUUUUCAAAUGCUUCCUUUUGCAGUUGAUUGCAAUUUGAAUCUUGAAUAUUCAGUACUUUUUUCAUGUUUUCUAUUGGAAGACCAGAUUGGCUCAUUUAGAUUAAAACAUCUGUAUGUACCAAAUUAGACUUCUUAUGUGCACACGGUUUUAUGAAAACAGAAAUUGCAUUCAGGUUUCUGUUUGAACACUGUUUAGUGUACCGACACCUUUUGUCUUUGUCUCUCUAUUAAAACCUUGAAU